GAACACCAGCUUGGGAGCCAGAGGAACGGACAUGCCGUGGAAGAUGAGGCGCUUUGCUAAGCUGGACAUGUCUGCACGUCUGGAGCUGCAGUCUGCGCUGGAUGCUGAGAUCAGAGCCAAACAGUCCAUCCAGGACGAGCUUAACAAAGUCAAAGCAUUUAACAUUGCCACAGAAUGCAAAUUGCAAGAUUCCGAAAGUAGAAACCAGGAGCUGCUUUCAGAAAUUGAGAGGCUGAGGAAGGAGACAGAGGAGCUGAGACUGAGGAGAGGUG